AUGUCCACCAAGGCAGAGCAAUUUGCUUCCAAGAUCCGCUACCUACAGGAAUAUCAUAACCGUGUUCUUCACAACAUUUAUCCUGUACCCUCAGGAACUGACAUUGCAAAUACUCUGAAAUACUUUUCUCAGACCUUAUUAAGCAUUUUGUCCCGCACAGGGAAGAAGGAGAAUCAAGAUGCCUCCAAUUUGACAGUGCCCAUGACCAUGUGUCUUUUUCCUGUGCCAUUCCCACUCACCCCAUCUCUAAGACCACAGGUCAGUUCCAUCAACCCUACUGUUACUCGCUCCCUCCUUUACAGCGUCCUGCGAGAUGCUCCUUCUGAACGUGGCCAGCAAAGUCGUGAUGCUCAGUUAUCAGACUACCCAUCAUUGGACUAUCAAGGACUUUACGUGACACUGGUGACUCUACUGGAUCUAGUUCCCUUGCUACAACAUGGUCAGCAUGAUCUUGGACAGUCAAUUUUUUACACAACCACAUGUUUACUUCCUUUCCUAAAUGAUGAUAUUUUGAGUACUUUGCCCUAUACAAUGAUUUCGACUUUAGCCACCUUUCCUCCAUUUCUGCACAAGGAUAUUAUAGAAUAUCUCAGCACAUCCUUUCUGCCUAUGGCUAUAUUGGGAUCCUCAAAGAGAGAAGGAGUACCUGCUCAUGUCAAUCUAUCUGCAUCUUCAAUGCUAAUGAUUGCUAUGCAGUACACAACAAACCCUGUGUAUCACUGCCAGUUACUGGAAUGCCUCAUGAAACAUAAGCAAGAAGUAUGGAAAGAUUUGCUGUAUGUUAUAGCCUAUGGCCCUUCCCAAGUAAAACCUCCAGCUGUACAAAUGCUAUUCCACUACUGGCCCAACUUAAAACCACCUGGGGCAAUAAGUGAGUACAGAGGACUGCAGUACACAGCAUGGAAUCCCAUCCACUGCCAGCACAUUGAAUGCCAUAAUGCUAUUAACAAACCAGCCGUAAAGAUGUGUAUUGACCCUUCCUUGUCUGUGGCUUUGGGUGAUAAACCUCCCCCACUGUACCUUUGUGAAGAAUGCAGCCAGAGGAUUGCAGGGGAUCACAGUGAGCAGUGGUUGAUUGAUGUUCUUCUGCCACAAGCUGAAAUUUCUGCUAUAUGUCAGAAGAAGAACUGUAGCUCACAUGUGAGAAGAGCUGUCGUCACCUGCUUUUCAGCAGGCUGUUGUGGCCGCCAUGGCAACAGGCCAGUGCGCUACUGCAAAAGAUGUCAUUCGAACCAUCACAGCAGCGAAGUUGGUGCAGCAGCAGAAACCCAUCUUUACCAGACUUCGCCUCCCCCUAUCAAUACACGGGAAUGUGGGGCUGAGGAACUAGUUUGUACUGUGGAAGCUGUGAUCAGCUUGCUGAAAGAAGCAGAAUUCCAUGCUGAGCAGAGGGAGUAUGAACUCAACCGCAGAAGACAAAUGGGCCUCUCCUCUUCCCAUCAUUCCUUGGACAACACUGACUUUGAUAACAAAGAUGAUGAUAAGCAUGACCAGCGGCUUCUGAGCCAGUUUGGAAUCUGGUUCUUAGUGAGCCUUUGUACUCCCAGUGAGAAUACACCCACAGAGAGUUUAGCUAGGCUGGUUAGUAUGGUCUUCCAGUGGUUUCAUUCCACUGCUUAUAUGAUGGAUGAUGAAGUUGGUAGCCUGGUGGAGAAACUCAAACCCCAGUUUGUUACCAAAUGGCUGAAGACGGUUUGUGAUGUUCGAUUUGAUGUCAUGGUCAUGUGCCUGCUUCCUAAACCAAUGGAGUUUGCCAGGGUUGGCGGAUACUGGGACAAAUCCUGUAGUGCUGUGACGCAACUGAAGGAAGGUCUGAAUCGAAUCCUCUGCUUGAUUCCAUACAAUGUAAUAAACCAGCCGGUGUGGGAAUGUAUCAUGCCAGAGUGGUUGGAAGCCAUUAGGACAGAAGUGCCCGAUAAUCAACUGAAAGAGUUCAGGGAAGUACUAAGCAAAAUGUUUGAUAUUGAACUUUGUCCUCUUCCUUUUUCCAUGGAGGAGAUGUUUGGUUUCAUUAGUUGUCGAUUCACAGGAUAUCCAUCUUCUGUGCAAGAGCAGGCUUUGCUCUGGCUGCAUGUGUUGUCUGAAUUAGAUAUUGUGGUUCCUCUCCAGCUGCUAAUCAGUAUGUUUUCCGACGGAGUUAAUUCAGUCAAAGAAUUAGCAAAUCAAAGAAAAUCAAGAGUCAGUGAACUGGCAGGAAAUCUUGCCGCUCGAAGGGUGAGUGUUGCCUCUGACCCUGGGCGCAGGGUUCAGCAUAGCAUGUUGAGUCCUUUCCCAAGUCCUUUCCAGAGCCCAUUUCGCAGCCCUGUUCGCAGCCCUUUUCGAAGUCCAUUCAAGAAUUUUGGACACCCUGGAGGAAAGACCAUUGACUUUGAAUGUGAUGAUGAUGAAAUGAAUCUGAAUUGCUUCAUACUGAUGUUUGAUCUCAUCCUGAAGCAGAUGGAACUCCAAGAUGAUGGUAUCACCUUGGGUUUAGAGAACAGCCUCUCCAAAGACAUAAUUUCCAUCAUAAGCAACGUGUUUCAGGCACCGUGGGGUGGCUCGCACACGUGUCAGAAAGAUGAAAAAGCAGUUGAAUGUAAUCUGUGCCAGUCUAGCAUUCUUUGUUAUCAGCUAGCCUGUGAGCUGCUAGAGCGGCUAGCUCCAAAGGAAGAAAUCAGGCUAGUGGAGCCCACAGACAGCCUUGAGGAUAGCCUUCUGUAUACUAGACCUGAGUUUAUUAUAGGAACAGAAGGGGAAGAGGAAGAUAAAUUGGCAGCAAAACAUGGAGAAAACCCAGGAAAUCAUACAGAGACAACAGAAAAUGCUGCAAUAAAAAAUGACACUGAGAGAAAAUUUUGUUACCAGCAGCUUCCAGUUACCUUGAAGCUCAUAUACACCAUAUUGCAGGAAAUGGCUAGAUUUGAAGAACCAGACAUUCUUUUCAACAUGCUGAACUGUCUGAAGAUUCUCUGUCUACAUGGAGAGUGUUUAUAUAUUGCGAGAAAGGAUCAUCCACAAUUCCUAGCUUACAUUCAGGAUCACAUGCUGAUUGCAAGUUUAUGGAGAGUGGUGAAGUCUGAAUUCUCUCAGCUUUCCUCGCUGGCAGUUCCACUCCUUCUCCAUGCUCUAUCUCUUCCUCACGGAGCUGACAUUUUCUGGACAAUCAUAAACAGCAAUUUCAACAGCAAAGACUGGAAGAUGAGGUUUGAAGCAGUGGAGAAGGUGGCCGUGUUGUGCAGGUUUCUGGAUAUUCACUCAGUGACAAAAAAUCACUUACUUAAAUAUUCCUUGGCCCAUGCAUUCUGCUGUUUUCUGACUGCUGUGGAAGAUGUCAACCCAGCAGUAGCAACAAGAGCUGGGCUAUUGCUUGAUACUAUAAAGAGACCAGCUUUACAGGGUCUCUGCCUCUGCCUUGACUUCCAGUUUGAUACAGUUGUCAAGGACAGACCCACGAUUCUUAGCAAGCUUUUGCUCCUUCAUUUUCUAAAGAGGGACAUUCCAGCUUUGAGCUGGGAGUUCUUUGUGAAUCGCUUUGAGACGCUUUCUCUGGAAGCACAGCUUCAUCUGGACUGCAACAAAGAAUUCCCUUUUCCAACAACUAUCACUGCUGUCCGGACAAAUGUCGCCAACCUCAGUGAUGCAGCAAUGUGGAAGAUCAAGAGGGCUCGUUUCGCACGCAAUCGUCAGAAGAGUGUGCGUUCCCUGAGGGACAGUGUGAAGGGACCAGUGGAAUCAAAGAGGGCGCUCUCCCUUCCAGAAACCUUAACCACCAAAAUUCGACAGCCCUCCCCAGAGAAUGAUAAUACAAUAAAGGACCUACUUCCAGAAGAUGCUGGGAUUGAUCAUCAGACUGUCCACCAGCUGAUUACUGUGCUGAUGAAGUUUAUGGCAAAGGAUGAGAGUAGUGCUGAGUCAGACAUCAGCAGUGCGAAAGCCUUCAACACAGUCAAGCGUCAUCUGUAUGUCUUGCUUGGCUAUGAUCAACAGGAAGGAUGCUUCAUGAUUGCACCUCAGAAAAUGCGCAUUUCAACUUGUUUUAAUGCAUUUAUCGCUGGAAUAGCACAAGUCAUGGAUUAUAAUAUUAACCUGGGAAAACAUCUCCUUCCAUUAGUGGUUCAAGUGCUGAAGUACUGCACUUGUCCACAACUAAGACAUUACUUCCAGCAGCCUCCUCGCUGUUCCCUUUGGUCUCUUAAGCCUCAUAUUAGGCAGAUGUGGUUAAAAGCAUUGCUGGUCAUCCUUUACAAGUAUCCCUACAGAGACUGUGAAGUCAGCAAGAUUGUCCUGCAUCUGAUCCACAUAACAGUCAACACUCUCAAUGCACAGUACCACAGCUGCAAACCUCAUGCAACUGCAGGGCCUCUGUACAGUGACAACAGUAAUAUAAGUCGAUACAGUGAAAAGGAAAAAGAGGAAGACAGUGUCUUUGACGAAUCUGAUAUUCAUGACACACCAACUGGACCCUGCAAUAAAGAGUCUCAAACUUUCUUUGCAAGACUGAAAAGAAUUGGUGGCAGCAAAAUGGUGAAAUAUCAACCAGUUGAGAUGAAUGCCCAGAGAAGUGAAAUAGAGCUGGCUGAAUAUAGAGAAACGGGGGCCUUACAAGACAGCAUUCUCCGCUGUGUGAGAGAAGAAAGCAUUCAGAAAAAAAAACUGCGCUCUCUAAAACAAAAAUCUCUUGAUAUAGGGAAUGCAGACUCCCUGUUGUUUACAUUAGAUGAACAUCGUAGGAAAUCCUGCAUAGACCGGUGUGACUUAGAUAAGCCUCCAGCCAGUGCUCCUUACAUCAUGCAUAGACAGAAUGAUUAUGGACGACCCAGACAGAAUUCUUCAACCAGGACUGAGAACACAGAGACUCAAGAAAAUCCUCUUGCCAUGGAAAGUUUCCAGGAAACAAGGAGACCUGUAAUACCAGAAGUGAGGUUAAACUGCAUGGAAACCUAUGAAGUGAAAGUGGAUUCUCCAGUGAAAUCUUCUGUUUCUAAAGAGGACUUAGAUCUGAUAGAUUUGUCCUCUGACUCCACAUCGGGGCCUGAAAAGCAUUCGGUACUUUCCACUUCAGACAGUGACUCUUUAGUCUUUGAACCACUUCCUCCCCUUAGAAUAGUGGAGAGUGAUGAAGAAGAAGAAGAAGCAACAAACAAGAUAAAUGAUGGGGUUUCUGGCAAAAUUGCUGUGUCACCUCCUUCAACUCCUGUUAAUGUCUCUGUACUCAGCCUCAGCAUAACUCCCCUGGUGCAGUUCAGCAUUGAGGAUUGUACUAAAGACUUUACUUCUAAGGAUGUGAGCAAUAAUGCUUCAUUAGGAAAAGAGGAAAUCCCUUCCACAGCUUCCAAAGAUCAAAAGGACUUUGAAGAGCUAGCUAAGCCAGAGGAACUUCAAGAGAUGUCCUGUGGGAGCCCGCUAACACUUAAGCAAAAGCGAGACCUACUGCAAAAGUCAUUUGCUGUUCCAGAAAUGUCCCUUGAUGAUAACUCUGAGCUCAACAUAGAUGAAAUUAAGCCUAGUGGAGCAGUUCCAAGUUCAAAUGUAAAAUCUGUCCUUAUUAAGGUUCCAGAAGACUUGGAAAACCAAACAGAAACUGAUAAACCUGACACCAACACAGAGUCUGACACAGAACAAAAUAUAGAACAGAAACAGGAGGAGGAAGCUGAGGAGUCAGAAUUUAAGAUUCAGAUUGUUCCCAGGCAGAGAAAACAAAGGAAGAUUGCUGUGAGUGCUAUCCAGAGAGAGUACCUUGACAUUUCCUUCAACAUCCUAGACAAGCUGGGAGAACAGAAGGAGGCAGAUCCGGCUGCUAAAGGACUUUCAACUCUGGAAAUGCCAAGAGAAUCAUCUUCUGCUCCAACACUUGAAGCAGGUGUGCCAGAGACAAGUAGUCACUCUUCCAUAUCGACUCAGUUUAGGCAAAUGAAAAGGGGUUCCUUGGGAGCUCUGACAAUGAACCAGCUAAUGAAGAGGCAGCUGGAACACCAAUCUAGUGCACCCCAUAACAUCAGCACGUGGGAUACUGAACAGAUACAGCAUGGGAAGCGGCUUUGCAAUGUCCCUGUUUGCCUAAACCCUGACCUGGAGGGACCACCACUAAGAAUAAGAGGUGCCACCAAAUCCAGCUUGCUGUCAGCACCUAGUAUAGUCAGCAUGUUUGUGCCAGCACCAGAAGAAUUUACUGAUGACCAGCCCACUAUGAUGACUGACAAAUGCCAUGAUUGUGGGGCUAUUCUUGAAGAGUAUGAUGAAGAGACACUAGGUCUGGCCAUAGUUGUACUCUCAACCUUCAUUCACCUGAGCCCAGACUUAGCUGCUCCUUUGCUUCUGGAUAUCAUGCAGUCUGUAGGAAGGUUGGCAUCAAGCACCAGUUUUUCUAAUCAAGCAGAAAGUAUGAUGAUCCCUGGUAAUGCUGCUGGUGUGGCGAAACAGUUCCUCCGCUGUGUUUUCCAUCAGCUGGCUCCCAAUGGCAUACUUCCACAGCUGUUCCAAAGCAAUAUCAAAGAUGGAAGUUUUUUACGGACCCUGGCUACAUCUCUUAUGGACUUCAGUGAACUGAGCUCCAUAGCUGCACUGAGCCAGCUACUCGAGGGCUUAAACAACAAAAAGAAUUUACCAGCAGGGGGAGCAAUGCUACGCUGUUUGGAAAAUAUUGCUACCUUUAUGGAAGCUUUACCGAUGGAUUCUCCUAGUAACCUCUGGACCACUAUUAGUAAUCAAUUCCAGACUUUCUUUACUAAACUCCCUUGUGUUUUGCCACUUAAGUGUUCAUUAGAUUCCAGUUUAAGAAUAAUGAUUUGCCUGUUGAAGAUACCUACUACUAGUGCCACCAGGUCUCUUCUGGAGCCAUUUUCAAAAUUACUGAGCUUUGUCAUUCAGAAUGCUGUCUUCACUCUGGCCUACCUGGUGGAACUGUGUGGUUUAUGCUACCGUGCCUUCACUAAGGAAAGGGAUAAGUUCUACCUGACCCGAAGUGUCAUCCUGGAGUUACUGCAAGCACUGAAGUUAAAAUCCCCCUUACCAGAUACAAACCUGCUGCUGCUGGUACAGUUUGUUUGUGCAGAUGCUGGAACAAAACUAGCUGAGUCGACAAUCUUGCACAAACAGAUGAUUGCAUCUAUUCCUGGAUGUGGAACAGCAGCAAUGGAAUGUAUGAGGCAGUAUGUUGGCGAAGUGCUGGAUUUUAUUGCUGAUAUGCAUACCUUAACUAAACUGAAGAGUCACAUGAAGACGUGCUCUCAGCCACUGCAUGAAGAUACAUUUGGCGGGCACCUGAAAGUUGGCUUAGCUCAGAUAGCUGCCAUGGAAAUUACACGAGGAAACCACAGAGAUAAUAAAGCUGUGAUUCGUUACUUGCCAUGGCUGUACCAUCCUCCUUCUGCAAUGCAACAAGGGCCCAAGGAGUUCAUUGAAUGUGUAUCUCACAUUCGUUUGCUUUCCUGGCUCCUUCUGGGGUCCCUGACGCACAAUGUUGUCUGCCCAAAUUCUCCAUCGUCUUGCAUGCCGAUUCCUCUGGAUGCAGGUUCCCACGUUGCAGACCACCUUAUAGUUAUCCUGAUUGGGUUUCCUGAGCAGUCAAAGACAUCGGUGCUGCACAUGUGCUCCCUCUUCCAUGCAUUUAUAUUUGCCCAGCUCUGGACGGUAUAUUGUGAACAAACAGCAGUAGCCCCUACUGUCCAAAAUCAAAAUGAAUUUAGCUUUACAGCAAUCCUUACAGCUCUGGAGUUCUGGAGCCGGGUGACACCUAGUAUCCUACAGCUCAUGGCACAUAACAAAGUGAUGGUGGAAAUGGUGUGUCUUCAUGUGAUUAGUUUAAUGGAGGCUUUACAGGAAUGCAACUCCACCAUCUUUGUCAAGCUCAUACCAAUGUGGUUGCCAAUGAUUCAGUCAAAUCUAAAGCAUUUAUCUGCUGGACUCCAACUGCGCCUCCAAGCCAUUCAGAGUAACGUGAACCACCACAGCCUGAGGAUGUUACAGGGGUCAGGACAGAUGAACAACAGCUCAUCUGUGCUCCGCAAAUGGCUACAGUGUACCCAGUUCAAAAUGGCUCAAGUGGAAAUUCAGUCAUCUGAAGCUGCAUCUCAGUUUUAUCCUCUCUGAAUUGUUCCAAGCCGUCACUUUAGUUUAGCAAUAAUAGGGUUAAAGCUAUAAGACACAAACCCAUUUUGUAUAUAUACAGUACAUACUGUAUCUACACUUUUUAGCCUAGGACAACUGUGUAAAAGCUUGCAAUGGGCAACACCAAAAGCCUGAUCCUGCUAGUCCUUUCUCACAUAUAAGUUGCUGCUUACAGGGACAGGCCCACUGAGGCCUUUGAGAUUGCUUUUAUGAGUGUGUGCGCAGGAU